UAUUCCCAUGAUUGAAACUGCCUCGAGAUUUAACUUUCCACGAAUUGAUCUGCGUUUGUUCCUUUCAAGCGGGAAGCUUCCUGGGACAUGUUAGAUGCAGCCAGUGAAGGAUCUAGCCUGUGUAGAUAUGGUUAGUUAAACUUGGAACUUAUGCUACCGAUCGAAGGUUCCAAUACAACAUGUUUUCCGUAAUCGGAGGGGUGAUUCAAUGAUAUUUAUUUAUUGUGUUGCCUUGUGUGUCUGGAAGCUACAGUCAGUAACCUUACUGGAUAGAUAGGUAUUUCCCUGUACAAUGCAGAACUAACCGCGUUAGUCCUGAGAGAUAAGCAAUUUCCACGACCCCGGAAUCUAUCCCUAUCCGAUGACCGCAUACCUACAUACAGUUCUUAUCCCUCAUUCUCCAAACCUUUGAACAGACAACCAAUACUACUCAGCUCAAAUCGACUUUUUCGACCGUCUCAAGAGUUGACUGUAUGUUAGAGAUAUAUCCAUAGAUUUGACUACCAUGGAAGCAUCCUCCUUGGUCCUGGUAUGUUGCUAUUAUUCGCUCAAACAUCAUCUUCCCCUUUAGCUGAUAACAAUAUAGGCCCAUGAUCACGCUCGCGCUGCAGCUGUUGCGACGCAUAGUUCCGAUACAACUGUUGCAAUAAAUGAACACGCCUUGGCUGCCGGAGAAUUUGCAAAAGCCGCAUCAGGAACUGGAAGCGCAGAAGCUUUGAGGACUUUAAGACUUCUAGAACACCAUCACCAGCGGCUGUCAGAACUCCUUCGAUACCCUGCCGAACAUCCUGUUACUCCGAACGCCAACGAGGCCGAGAUCAAAACAGUCACAGAAAAACCAGUAUCGCCGUCUGCAGCUGUAACAGAAUUACGCGCUUCGAAAUCAGACCUUAGCCGUCGCGCAUCCACUGCUCGAAAUGCCACAGGCUCGCAAACCCCUAGGCGCCUUCCUCCGCGCGAACUCUCUUCUUCAAUCGCAAGCAAUUUAGCUUCUGCAAGAGGUAUACGCUCAGGUCAUAAUCGCCCGUCUCUCUCACCAAGUGUAUCGUCUCUACAAGCUCCAGUUAAUAUUGAAGGACGGCGAGAAGCUAGCAAACGACCGAAAGUUCCAUCCAUUCCAGAGUAUACUACAUCUAGGCCUAGUUGGGUUCCCCCUCAACCUACACAAAACAAAGCAGACCCUCAAACUUCUACAUCACGAACAUCUGCAGUCGCCGAGCCCAAAUCAUCUCUUGCAAUUGCCCAAGAUGAGGGGUUCUCUAAGUUCUACAAUGCCUUCAAUAGUGUAGUCUAUAAGUUAUCAGCUCCCUUGGCUUUUGCUGGAUUACCUCUAUUCUCGGAAACCGAUCCGUCUCCGACGUCACUAGAGGUACCAUCCACAACCACUCGCAAAAGUAAACCCCGGAGCAGGGAAAGGAUACCCACUGAAGAGCCUGAUCUCACCAAGUACAUAUCUAAACCAGCUCUUCGUGCAAUGGCUCGUGAUGGUCAUCCAGGCAAUGAUUCUUUUUACGUCGUUCCUACCACUGGUCACACUGUAUCAUACGCACAUAUUCUCUCCUUUGAGAAAAAAGAACAACGUCGUUUAGCAGCUUCCAUGCACAGCGCAGAUCCCGAUCUAUUCCCUGAUCCAAAUGACGAGGAUGAUUUUGUUGAUGCCCGUGAAACACCAAUGCCUAAUUUUCCGAGCAACUCGAAAAGAAAUCGCCGUCUUGCUGGUAGAGAAACAGAUACACGCAUCGAGGAAUUAGAUCUUGAAAACAAGAGUCUUAAGCAAUGUAUCGACAAACUUAGCAACCGACUCCAUGCAUUCGAAAUGGCAGCGCAGAAUAGUAGUAUGGCUCUACAAGAAAGUAUGCGCCUAAUGCGCCCUGAAGAUAGAAGUCCAGGUGGAGGACCAAAUGAUGAAAUGAUCAGAAGGAGAUUAAUUGAACUCGAAGAACAAAUGAGGAUAAGAAAUAAAGAAAAUGAGAGACUAUUCCGGGAAAAUGAAAAGUUAAGAGAAACAGUCGCCAAGUAUAGGAAUAGAUGGGAUAUAUUGAAAGCGGGAGCAAAGACCAGAAGGGAUAAUAAAGAAUCAAGUCUGAAGGGGCCGGAAUCGAGAGACGGGAGCGUGAAAGAUGGGAGUAGUGUAAAUGGCGCGAGUGGGAAGGAUAUGAAGGAGGCCAGAGAGAAGGAAGUAGGCAGUGGAAGGUUUCUGGCGGGUUAGUUUGUUGCUACAUAUCCUGAAUGAUAUGAUGAUAUGAUGCAAUAUGACCUCCUUGAGACUUUCCAGUCUCGAUAUUAUCAGGAACAUGUGCAAAGCGCAAUUCAAUCCCGGCUAUAGCUACCUACCUACCUACCUACCUACCUAGAUAGAGUAUCUUCUAGCAUAGGAAGCGGUAAAAGGUAUAUUUCAAAUAAAUCAUAUCAUCAUCAUCCAUCUACAG